AUGGAGAUGUAUUUUGAUGGAACAUCUAAUGCUUUGGGGCACGGAAUUGGGGCAGUGUUGGUUUCUCUAAAUGGAAAGUACUAUCCUGCCACAGCGAGAUUGAAUUUCAAUUGUACUAAUAAUAUAACGGAGUACGAGGUGUUGGUAAUGGGAUUACAAGCAGCAAUCGAGAUGAAGGCUGACGUGAUAGAUGUUUACGGAGAUACGACUUUAGUGAUAUGUCAAAUGAGAGCAAUGUUCAGAAUAAAAGAAGCGGCUGAUGUAGGUCCUUUUGAUUUAAAAGUCCGUGAAGUCUCCGCACAUUACUUGAAUGUUAAGGAAGAGGUUGAUGAUUGCAUAAACUUUGCUCGAAAAUGCCACAAGUGUCAAGUUUACGCAGAUAGAAUCCAUGCUCCACCAGCCCCAUUGCACGUUUUCACAGCGCCUUGGCCAUUUUCAAUGUGGGGAAUGGAUGUGAUUGGGCUUAUUACGCCAAAAGCCUCUAAUGGACAUCGAUUCAUAUUGGUGGCCAUUGAUUAUAUUACAAAAUGGGUAAAAGCAGCUUCCUAUGCCAAUGUGACACAAAAGGUGGUGUACAGGUUCAUCCAAAGGGAGAUCAUAUGUCAGUAUGGACUUCCAGAAAGAAUCAUUACUGAUAACGCAAGCAAUUUGAAUGGUGUGAUGGUGAAUGAUAUUUGCGCUAAAUUCAAGAUCAAGCAUCAUAACUCGACAACUUACUGUCCGAAGAUGAACGGAGCUGUAGAGGCAGCCAACAAAAACAUCAAAAAGAUUGUCGAAAAGAUGACUGAAGUUUAUAAAGACUGGCAUGAGAAACUUCCUUUUGCCUUGCAUGCAUAUCGAACUUCUGUGCGUACCUCCACCGGGGCAACUUCGUACGCAUUAGUAUAUGGUACAGAAGCAGUUCUACCUGUUGAAGUAGAAAUCCCAUCAUUGAGGGUGUUGAUGGAAACAGAAUUGGAAGAUGCUAAGUGGGUCCACUCCCGCUACGAGCAAUUGAAUCUGAUUGAGGAGAAAAUGCUUGCGGCUCUUUGUCAUGGUUAG